UUACAUGUGAGAUUGUAAUGGAUAAAGAGAUUUGUAAAGAAAUUGUUUAUUAAUAAGAUUAUUAUCAUUUGCUAAUCCAGUCUUAGCUGCAAUAUGUUGGCGACGUUCAUGUUCUUGGUGGCUGUGACGCAAUGGAACUCAGUGUUCUCUUCUCCCGCUGGUAGCGAACAUUCGUUGUUAUCAGCUACGAAACCCUUUGAACAAAGUAUUUUUCGUAACAAAAUUCGUUGCAGUCCUGAUACGUGUUGCCCAUUAAACACUAAGUGCAGUCGAGGAGGCUACUGGUGUAAUAAUGGAGCAUCAUGGUCUCGUGCAGAAAAGUGUUGACUUGCUUAAAGAAUCAACUGUUAAAUAUUAGUUUAAUAUUGUAAUAAAUAUUUUGUAAUAUUGCUACAUUUUUGGCAUAAAGGGUUUCAGAAACAGCGUUGAUAUGUAUUUCUUAUACAUUUCUAUAUUAUCAG